AUGUGCACUCUAAUUGGUACUGUGGGUCGGGAUGACAUAUUAAAACCAGAUGUAGCUAGGACAGCGAUUGCUAAAAUUGUAAGGCUAGACAAUUUUGUGGCUAAAGAUGAAGUCGACGAAAUCGGCACGCAUAGUCUCAGAAAGUGCUCGUGUACAUAUUCUCAGAGACGUGAACGCUCAAAAGAUGAUGCAGAAGGUAGAGGCAGAUGGGCCAGGACCCGAACAAAGGGUCAGAGAAAGAAAAAGUCAAAUCGUCAGGUCGAUGGAUACUCCAACUCUUUGAUGCCGGAUCCUGAUGCUAAAGUAUCUGAGGCCUUAUGUGGACCCCGAUGUGCUUGCAACUAUAGGAUCGAUUCAG